AAAUUCGGUAAGAAUACUGACAAAAUUACCCAUUUUAUUUAUUAUUCUGGAUCCCAACUUUUUAUCACUAACAAUAAACAGAACACGGCAAAUUAUUUUCUAAAGAGACACCGGUAAAACCCCGAAAGAGUAUACGACAAAGAAAAGAAUUAUAACCGAUUUUUAAAAUCAUUUUCCCGUUAUUUUUGGGACAUUUAAAAAAAUUAAAAAGUUAAAUGAAAUGUCAAAUUAUGGCGCCAUUAUUGGCAGCACUUGUUGACCUGCGCACGCACCCCCUCUCCCUAAAGUGUUUACGUUUCUCCCAACCAAACAAACCGCCGUUUCUUCCCAAAAUUAUGUAUUAAAAUUACAAAAUUUCGAGAUAAAUCCGGUAAAAUGUGAAUACCUGAGUGUGAAGUAAUCUACUUGUGAAAUUAUUAUGAGUGAAUCCGACGACACGGAUAUCCUCUUGCUGAUUCCCCCUGACCUGUUCACUGUGGCAUCGUCAGGAUCAGAAGAGAGUUUGAACGGUUGUUACUCCAGUGGACGUAAAGUGGUUUCAGGUCUCCUGGAGCAAGUGCACACCCUGGAGAAUCGUUUUAAGGGAUUGGAGAGUCCUUCGAAGGCCUUGAUGUCUCAGAGAGUCGAUUUAUUGACUCCAGACACUCUGGAGUCUUCAAACAUCUUCAAAAGUCCCCCUUCAACGAUUAAAAAAUGCCCACAGAAGCCGCAGAAUUACUCCUCUUCCCUGAGGUUCGGUCCCACCACGAGUUCCAGUGACAGUGAAAAGAAACCGAGCGAAAUGCUCCCCAAGUAUUAUCCCCGAUCUUCCACAGGUUCUGACCACAAUCUCCACAUGACUGACCCAUUCUCUCCUUUGAAUUUCAAAUCCAACAAUUCUUACGACACAAAUUCCCUCCUCCCACCUCUGGACUUGAAAUCCGAGGUCAAAGAGUCGAAUUUUCCCAAACAGAACACCGGCAGAGAUCCCCUGGGAAGUGAAUUCUCUCAACUCCUCAACAACAGCAGCUCUGGGAAUUCACUGUUCGAGAGGAUCGACCGAAGAUCCCCGAAGAAAGAUCCAUUCACAAAGACUAUUCGAGAUAUUUCAAAAAUUCACGAGAACUACUCGAAACUCUCCACGACCUCCAGCGACGUGAAUACCGUGAACUCCAGGAAUUACAAUUUCCCCAACUCCGAUUUCCGAUCAUUUUCUGAGAGGAGAGCCGAUGUGGGUGUAAAUACUGACUCUGCCGAUUCAAAAUCCCAAAAAUUACUGUCGUUGACUGACUUCUGGGAGCCGGACUCAUCGAAGAGUGAAGUGGAAAAGUUGAGGAUUAAAUUAGAGGAGGAAAAAUUCAGGAGAGAACACUGCGAGAAGACAAUUCAAGAGCUCCAGAAGAGGCUACUGGAGCAGCAGGAGAGGGUGGCUGUUGCCAUCGGUAUUGACAAGGAGAAGAACAGUAUUAUUCAGCAGUACCAGGCAAUAACCCAGAAAUUGAAGAACCAAUUCCAGACUCUUCAGGUGAGUCACAGGAAAUUAGAGGAGAGUUCAGUCCUGUCCAGGGCCCAACAGCAGGCGGAGACUGAGGGUUUAAAAACCGAGAUAAAACAGUUAGAAGGACAGCUCUCAACGUCACGAGAACUGUCGCUGGAACUCCAGGGAAAAGUCGAUGCUGGGGUGGAAGAGAAGCUACAGUUAUUGGAAACUCACGCCAGUGAAUUGGACAGUUAUAAAUCAUUCGUUAAAACAGGAGAGGAAAGGUACGAGGUACUGAAGGGAGAUUACGAUAAAUUGCAGGAGAAGAAUAAUCAGCUGGAGGAGUCGUCCUCCAUAGCACAGCAGGAUCUCUACAGGGAGCGACUCAAGGCAGGUGAAAUCAGGAGUGAAAUGGCGCUGAUUCACAAGGCGUUGGACACAUGCGAGGCAGAACUCACAGUUCUACGACAGGAGAAGGAGAAUCUCAUGCUAAAGCUCAAGGAGGAGGAGAAAAGAUGUGCAAUACUCGAGGGAAAGAGGAAUAAUCUCCAGGAGGAAUUGGCCACUGCAAAGAGGUCGGAGGAGAUGAGGAGAGAAGAGGUGAAGAAACUCGUUGAUCAACAGGAGCACAUCCGGGGGGAAUUAAGGGAGAUUUACCAGAAUCAGGUCGACGAGGUUGUCAAGGUAAAGUUGAAGGAGUUUCAGGCACACCUCGACACCGCUGAAGCUUCUUUCAAGACUGAACUCGAGGUGAAGCAGAGGGCCAUUGCUGAAUGUGCGGCUGGAAAAAUUAAAAAUAUCAUUGAUAAACAUCAGCUGGAGAUAAAUCUGCUGGAGGAGAAGCACAAGGAGGAGAAGAGGCUGUUCGAACUCCGGCUCUCCCAGAAUGUUAAAAAAUCCAACUUUUUGGAGGCGAAAUUGAGUGCCCAGCAGGCAGCAAAGUCGAGAAUAGCCGAACAGCUUCAUUCACUCAUGGAGAAGCAGUGGAAACAGGCUUUGCAGAUUAUUUCCUCAGGGAAUGACGCAAGUUUUGGUAAUUCAGAUACUUCGAGAGAAAUUAGGACUUUGAUGAAAGCCAAUGGGGAUUUUGAUGAGGCCAUGGAGCCAGUCAAGCUCGGAGUUUCACCUAAUAAAAACUUUUUUUAUUCACGUCAGGAGCAUGAUGAGAGCCUCAUUGCUUUCACCAAUAGUGAGGAAUCUAGGGAGAAAAUUAAGGAUUCCACGGAUGAUUUGAAGAAGUAUAUCAAAAUGAUCCUCCAGAUGCAGGAGAAAAAUUUCUCAGGGACAAACGGCGAGAAUGAGUCAUCGGUUUCAUCGUCUGAAUGCAGACAAGUACCACGAAAAUAUUAUACGAAAGCGGAUGCUGUCUCUACUAGUGAGAAAACCGUAACUUGGCAGCAAACCGAGCCCUCGACUGUUUAUAAUUCAGUAGCAAUGGCACAUGUCGAUGGAAAACCAUCGAAACCCCCUUGGAAGUAAUUCCCUCGUGUUGACUAUUUUAUUGAUAAAUAUUUUAAACAUUUUUUUACGAAUAAAACUAUUUGUAAUUACUCUGUA